AUGGGCAAACUCAUUAGGCUUGAGCUCUUCAACUUCAAAUCAUACAAGGGUCACCACACUCUCCUCUUCGGUGACUCGUAUUUCACCUCUAUAAUUGGUCCCAAUGGAUCUGGAAAAUCGAAUUCUAUGGACGCCAUCUCGUUCGUCCUUGGCAUCAAAUCGUCUCAUCUGCGCUCCGCUCAACUGAAAGACCUCGUCUAUCGCGGCCGUGUCCUCAAGACUUCCAAGAUUAACGAUGACGGAUCUGCAGAUGCGACUGGCGUUAUAAAUGGAUUCCGGGACGACGACAAGGCUUCUCGAGAUGACCCAAAGACUGCCUGGGUAAUGGCUGUGUAUGAGGACGACGCCGGUGAAGUGCAAAAAUGGAAGCGGUCCAUCACGAAGCAGGGCGCCAGCGAAUACCGAAUCAACGAUCGCGUCGUUACCGCUCAACAGUACAACGAAUCCCUCGAAACGGAGAACAUCCUCAUCAAAGCUCGCAAUUUCCUCGUCUUCCAAGGCGACGUGGAAGCAAUUGCCUCGCAGUCACCGCAGGACUUGACGCGCCUCAUUGAGCAGAUAUCUGGCAGUCUGGAAUACAAAAUGGAAUAUGAGAGACUUCAGGCAGAGGCCGAGCAAGCCGCUGAGAACCAAAAUUUUCAACUGCAUCGACGUCGCGGUAUCAACUCUGAGAUCAAGCAGUACCGCGAACAGAAGAAGGAGGCGGAUAGCUUCCAGAAGAAAAUGGACGAGAAAGAGGCCGCGAUCAUCACACACUGCCUGUGGAAACUUUAUCAUUUUGAAAAGGCGAUGGAGGUGUCAAGUUCUGCUAUUCAAGAUCACCAAGAAGACUUGAAGGAACUGCGCCGAAAUGUGCAAGCUUACGAAACCCGUCUGAACACAGCUCGAACGGACCAGAAUUCUGCCGGCCGCUUGGUCGUUCGAACCGAGAAGGAGAUUAAGGUCAAGGAGAGGACAAUCGAGGAUAGCAAAAAUGCCCUGGUUCCAUUUGACGAGAAAAUCCACGAAUCUUCACAGCAAAGCGACAAACUCCAGAAACAGGUCCAAAAGAUAACCAAGGAGGGGGAUGAACAGACGGAUACUGUCAACAAGGUUCGAAAGGAUAUCGAGAGUGUCAGCAAAGCUCACGAGAAUUUUGAAAAGAAGAUCAAAGAGCAGAUGCAGAAGCAAGGUAGGGACAUAAGUGACGCGGACCGGAAGAUGUACAAUACGCUUCGGUCCCAAGUCAUGUCUCGCGCCGGCGCCAAUCAAGCAAAGCUGGAAAAUCUAGAGCGUCAGCACAAGGCUGACGAAGUCACCGUCAAUAAUCUGAAAGGCAAAGUCGACGGCAUUACUGCUGCCAUGGAGAAGGCCAAGGCGGAAUUGGCUAGUACGACCGAACGACAGGCUGCUGCCGAAGCUGCGGCCAAAGAGAUUGCCAAUGAAAUUUCCAGCAAGAAAGCGGAGUUUAAUCGACUCCAGUCCGAGCGGGUGCGAACCAACCAGAAGCGAACCGAACUGGAGGAAAAGCUUGAGGAUGUGGCGAGGAAACUCAGGGAGGCAGAUGAUGGUCAACGGCAGAACGACCGCGAGGUGCGAAUGAAGGAUAUGAUUUCAACGUUGAAACGAAUGUUUCCCGGCAUCCAUGGCCGCAUCGGCGACUUGUGUGCGCCAAAGCAGAAAAAGUAUGACGAGGCCAUCAUCGUCGCUUUGGGUCGAGAUUUCGACUCUGUCGUGGUGGAUACGGAAAAGAUUGGUGUCGACUGUGUCCAGUACUUGAAGGAGCAGAGGUUUGCGCCGAUGACAUUCAUUCCGCUCGACAACAUCAAGGUCAAUGCCGUCAACUCAGUCGUCAAGGGUGUUUCGGGGGCGAGGUUGACAAUUGACACCAUCAAUUUCGAUCCGGCUGUGGAGAGAGCCGUUUCCUACGCUUGCGGCAAUUCGGUUGUGUGCGAUAGCCUGGAAAUCGCCAAGCAAAUUUGUUAUGAGAAAAGGAUAGCCGUCAAAGCAGUGACGUUGGAAGGAUAUAUCAUCCACAAAGCAGGACUCAUGACUGGCGGGCGUGGUCCGGAGCCAAAGGGCGGGAAACGCAAGUUUGAAGAGGCCGAUGUUCAGAAUCUGCAGCGCAUGGCCACCAGGUUGCGGGACGAGGUGGACCGCCUGCCGAAGGAGGAUAGGCGCGGCUCGCGAGAAGAAUCCCUUCAGAUCGAGCUGGCCGGGCUUGAGCGACGGCUUGCGUCGACCAACGAGGAGGCGAUAGCGUUCAGGGGGAACGGGAGCAGCAAGAAGCGCGAACUGGACAACCACGAGAAGCAACUGCGGGAACUGCGACCAAGACACGAAGGGCAAGUCUCGCAGCUGGAGAGCAUCAAGACGUCGGUGCAAGAAUUCAAGGAUGCCAUCGCCCGGGUCGAGGACGAAGUGUUUGCCGCCUUUUGCGAGCGCCUUGGCUACAGCGACAUUCGUGCAUAUGACCUCUCCCAGGGCAAGUUCGAACAAGAGGUCUCCGAGAGACGGAGUCAGUUUGAAGUUCAGAAACAGAGGCUCGAAAGCCGGCUGGCUUGGGAACGUGCUCGUUACGGCGAUACCGAGGCGCGGAUCGGACGAAUGCAAGAGCAGAUAAAACGGCUAGAUCAAAACAUCAAGGCCUACGCGCGCGAGAAGCAGAAUAUCGAUGAGGCGAUAGUCCAGGAGCAAGACGAACUCGAGGCGCUGCGCGAGACAUUGGAGGAGCUAAAAGCUGACCUGAUGGACAAGAGCAGGAUCGUCAGCGAGGUCCGGACUGACCUGCAGCGGCGGAGCAAGGAGAUCGAGGAACGCCAGCGACAAGUUAACGCCCUGGAGACGACAGUCCAGAGAAACAGCGCGGGCAGGUCAGCUUUGCUCCGGAGAUGUCGAUUGGAGCAGAUCCAAAUCCCGUUGGUGGAGGGAACGUUGGACAAUCUUCCCAACGAGGAUGGCUUGCUCCGGCAAGAACCCGAAUCGAUGGAUGUGGACGAGGGCGGCGACGGCGGUGGAAACGACGACGACGAGAACAUGAUGGACAUGGCCCUCGACGAUCACGGCAUCGAAAUCGACUAUGAUGGCGUGGACGACAAGCUGAGGGCAUCGGACGAAGCAUCAAUCGAGGACGGGCUGGUGGAAAACAUUGCCCUUCUCAACACAGAGUUGGAAAAGCUCAAUCCCAACAUGCGGGCGAUGGAGCGGUUGGAGAGUGUUGAAUCGCGCCUCAAACUAACGGACCAGGAGUACGAAGAAUCCAAGUCGACGGCGCACGCUGCCAAGGAAGCUUUCAGCGCCAUCAAGCAGAAGCGAUACGACAUGUUCAACAAGGCCUUCACCCACAUCCAAGCUCAAAUCUCGCACGUGUACAAGGAUCUCACGCGGUCAGAGGCUUAUCCCUUGGGUGGCCAGGCGUACCUGGACAUUGAGGAGGACACCGACAUGCCGUACCUGUCUGGCAUUAAGUAUCAUGCCAUGCCACCGCUGAAGCGCUUUCGGGACAUGGAGCAUCUCUCCGGCGGAGAGAAGACGAUGGCGGCGCUGGCCCUCCUCUUCGCCAUCCAUAGCUACCAACCUAGUCCUUUCUUCGUCCUCGACGAGGUCGAUGCAGCGCUGGACAACGCCAAUGUUGACAAGAUUAAGAAGUACAUCAGGGAGCACGCCGGUCCUGGGAUGCAGUUUAUCGUCAUCAGCCUCAAGACGGGCCUGUUUCAAGACUCAGAAAGCUUAGUAGGUGUCUAUAGGGACCAAGAGGUCAAUAGCUCAAGGACGCUCACAUUGGACACCUGGUCACUCUACCUCCACUCCACCCAUCUGGGUGGUUUGAUAGCCAUCACCAUGGACCUCGCUGUAACACUCAUAAAGUCUGUCAUGCGGGCGUUUUAUCAGACCCGAGACAUUCUUGUGGUGGAUGCAUUAAUUCUUCACGAGGCGCUCCGAGAUGACGACCUGGCAUAUCUCAUGGCCACCAAUACGAAGGACCUCCACAAAAUAUGCGGUAAAUUACGCGAAGACCGCUUCAUUACAGUACAUACGAGGCAGGAGCUUCGUGAAGGAAAUCCCCGACCAAGCAGUCGAACAUGGUAUUACAUCAACUACCGUCACGCCAUAGACGCCAUCAAGUGGCGCGUCUUCACCAUAGAUAAGGAAGUUCAGGGAGGUACUCUGCCAGCCAACGAAAAGAAGGAAUACUUUUGCACGUUUUGCAAGGCCGAGUGGACAGCCAUGGAAGUCCUCGACAACGUCGGACCGUCCGGCUUCCUUUGCCAUCGGUGCCGGCACACGUUGUCUGAAGCCGAUCGCAACUCAGGAGGCCAUGAGCAGUCGACGCGACUCAACGACCAGUUUAAAUUCAUUAGCGAGCUGCUCCCCAAGAUCGACGCAGUGCACAUUGCCGAGUGCAGUUUCGACCGAGCUCUGUCAAAGGCGCGACCUGUGAUACGGGAUGCUACUCACCAGCGCGCUCCGACGGUUGCCGUCGACGCUGGCAUGGAUCGGCCCAUGGCUGUCAAAGGGCUGGCCAACACGGGCCCGCAGUCUAUUGCCGUAAAUAUAUCAACCUCGACAGGCUUGUCGACGGCCGAGCGAGAAGCCGAAAGGGCACGCAAGGAAAAGAUAGCGCAGCAGAACGCGCUGCCAUUUUGGAUGUCGAAUAGCACAGUCACUGGCGACUCGUUCACGGGAGCCAUCGGGGCCAGCGCGACGGACCUGAAGAGGGAAGCGCCUAAGGAUGCUGCAAGUAAUCAGUUGCGAGGCAACGAUUCUAGUGCCCAGAUCGAUGACAUUUUUGAGAAGCUGAAGGCGGAACAAGUGGCAGAGAGGGCCCGGGAGGAGGCGAACGACGAUGAAGACGAGCUCGACUCGAACGAGGAAGAUGAAGCGGACGAGUUUGAGGACUUGCCACUAAUGACUGGGGAUAGGUCAGACCCGUCUGUGCUUGGAGCUUCGGCAAGCGUCAUGGGCGACACUUUGAGCGGUGAAAAUCACUCUGAUGAGAGGGCCACCAAGAGAGUUAAGAUAAAACCGGAGCCGAACCAGGACGCCAACGCAGGAAUUUCGGAAAAUUCCGAGGAGGAGGAGGAGGAGGAGGAGGAACUUGAAUUCGAGGAUGUAUAA